AUUUCUCAUAAGUGAGUAGUACUACUCACACAUACACACACAAACAUUUGCUGCAUUUCGCUUUCCCUUUCCAUGGCUUCCUCAUCAAAACUCAUCUCCAUCCUGUUCCUCUUUGCCCUCUCCUCCAUGCAAAUUCAUGCCAGGGAAUUAUUCAGCAAAAUCCCUGACACCAGAGAGCAAGAGCAUGAGACCUUCAUUCCCGAGACGACCCAAAAGACGACCCAAGAGCAAGAGCCAAGGUUUAUCCCUGAGACCCAAAAUGGCUAUGGCCUUUACGGGCACAAGUCAGGCCAGCUCCCUCCCAGCACCACCACCACCACUACCAAAGAAACCUAUGAACCCUAUGUUACCCCUGUCAAAUACCACCCUGAUGAACCCUACAACAGCAUUCCUGCAUCCAACAACAACAACAAUAACAAAAACACUUUCUAUUACAAGAAGAAUGCCUACGAGAGUACUGAGCAGCAAAACUUGGGCGAGGCCAGGUUCACAGAGAGAGAAUGGAGCACCAAAGAAAACCAGUACAACCACUACAACGGGAACAAUGGGUACAACAAUGGUGAGAAACAAGGCAUGAGCGACACUAGAUACUUGGAGAAUGGAAAGUACUACCAUGAUAUUAAGAACGAUAACAACUACUAUCCUAACCAGUUCGAGAACUCCAGGGGAUUUGCUUCAAGGAACGAGUUCAAUGAGAAUCGUUACAACAACAUGGGAAGGUACAACCAGAACCAAGAGGAGUUCGAAGAGAACGAGGAAGAGUUCGAGCCAUGAUCAGCUGUUGUACCCUACAGUUGUGUGAAGAACAUCAAAAUCAAGUAAAACAAGUAUUGAUUUUAAUUAGAUAUGUUAAGUAUGGUAAGUAAUUAGCAAAAAGAGUUAAGAUCAAGAUAAAUAUUUAUUAAUGUGUCUUGCGAUUACUUUGUGAUCUUCUAAUUUUCUGGUUUGCAUGCUAUCCUUUGGUUUGAAAUAUCAAAAAUUUGAGACUUAUGGUUUUUUUUUUUUUACUUAAUCAAAUAAUUUUAUUGAAUAAAAAAUGUAAGUAUAUU